AUGAAGACAGUGUCGUCGCUGUUCCCUUCCUCUGAUGUCACCGAAGAGCCAUUCAAGCUUGAUUUCUAUAACAGUCUGCAUAGCGUUUGUGUUCUGAUUCGGUACAACAAGGUCUUAAACGAUAGCAAAGGCCAACUAAAGACGAAGAAACCGCAGGCCACCACAGCCAUUCCGCCACAAUAUAGGGCAUAUAGCAAGGACGGAGAUGUCCAAGGUGCCGCUAAAGCUAGCUUGUCCACCGAUCGGGAUACUGACUUUGAUGCCUACUACUUUAGCGCUCUACGAGAGCACCAGCGGAGCACCAGCGGAACCUGA